AUGAGAACGGACAAAGUCAGGAUAGCAAUCUGUCAAUUCGACUCUCACCAACCAACGGCUGCCUCAUGUUCACCAGAGAGCCUCGAGCCAUCCCCGUCGUUUGCCGAACAUGAGAUCAAGAACUUAGCCAAGGCCAAGGAAUUCAUCGCUCGAGCUGUUCACGACCGGGCCGAUCUGAUCAUCUUUCCUGAAUAUUUUAUUACCGGAGUAAUCGAAGACCAUUUACAUCUAGCCUCCAAAGAAUCCAAAUGGAUCAAGGAGUUCCAAAGCUUAGCCAUCGAGCACCAGAUCGACAUCAUCCCGGGCACGAUUGUGGAAGAAGCAGAACAGGAAGAGGCCGUCGAUCGACGCGACUUAUUCAACUCGGCUUAUUACGUCGAUAAAUCGGGCCAGAUCCUCGGAAAAUAUCGAAAGAAGAACCUGUGGCACGCAGAGAAGUACCUCACGCCGUGUCCUAAGACCAAUCAAGUAUUCGAAGCGCUAGGCGGCUUAAGAAUUGGGAUGCUAAUCUGUUGGGAUUUGGCGUGGCCAGAAGCGUUUCGCGAUUUGAUGAAACAAGAUGUGGACAUGAUCAUUGUCCCAAGUUUUUGGACUCUAGACCAACCGGAGUCCAAGAUGAUCAAACAUGACCCGACGGGCGUCCACGAGGCCAAUCUCAUCGACGGAUUAGUGACCAGUAGGGCUCUUGAAUCCGAGGCUUGUGUUGUUUUUGUCAAUUGUGGGGGUAAGAAAGAGGAAGGCUUUUUAGGAAGAUCGUCGAUAAGUUUACCCUUGAAAGGACACCUGGUCAACUUUGUCGAACCAGACGAAGAGCUUCGGAUAGUUGACGUGGACCUCUCCGUCCUAAAAGUUUAG